AUGGCUUAUCAGAACGAGAACCGUGAUGAUCUUGGACAUGACGUUUGGGGCUAUCAGAAGGAGUCAGGUCUGAAGAGCUACUCUUGGACGAAGCUGAUGCUUGACGAUAGCGCUCUUCCUUCAGAUUACGACGACCCUAACCUGAAGCGCAGCCUAGAAGAUAGUUUGAUGAAACCUUCAGCCGGAAAGACGGCCAAAGACAUCGUGACAGACUACCUUCGUGGAAUGUAUACUACGUUCCAAACCGCAGUUGAGGAGCAAAUAGGACGGGAAAAUCUGCAGGACUUCCCGAUGGCAAUGUGGUCUGAGAAAGCGAAAAUUCUUACACAGGCUGCAGCAAAGGACGCAGGCUUCGCGUCAAGGUCUAUUGAUAGGAUCAUGCUCAUACCCGAACCAGAGGCAGCAGCACAUAUGGCUCUGAAAACCAGCGUGAAUCAUGUGCAUGAUCUUGUAGAAGAAGGAAGUGGUGUCAUGGUUUGUGAUCUUGGUGGAGGCACAGUGGACAUUACAACGUACGAGAUUGAAAGGAUAUCGCAAACUCUCAGACUGAAGGAACUUUGUGUCGGCAACGGUGGCAAAUGCGGCGGGACAUAUGUUGAUCGCAACCUCCAUGAGCUUCUUGCUAAACAAUUCGGAACAGCGUUCACCUGCCUCCCCUAUACUCAAACUGGCCCUGGAAGUGAAUUCGCUGACCAAUUUGAAGAUAAGAAGAAGGAAUUCAGCGUUCAGACUGCCAGCAGAAGGCCUAUGAGACUUAGCCUCAGGAUGGAGGGCCUGGCAGGAAUGCCGAGACUAGCAGAUUACUACGACCAAGGCCUGUCUAAGGUUCUCUUGACUAGGCAAGACAUGCAAAGUCUUUUCGAUCCAGUGGUGGAGAAGAUUCUGCAGCUUGUGACUGACCAAGAAACUCGGACAAGGGGAAAGAGAGGGAAAACCACCAGCACUCUUGUUCUUGUUGGAGGCUUCGGGUCACUCCCAUACGUCAAAGACAAAUUGAAGGAGUGGUGUGGCAAAUGGAACAUUCGACUAACAACUCCCAUGAAUGGAGCAGGUGUGGAAGGCUCGAUUACCACUGAAAAGAGGUGCAGACGCCACUAUGGGCACAAGGUAUCCCGGCCAUAUCAUUCAGAGAAGCAUAAGGGAUACGAUGCGUCGAAGCGGCGACUCUUAGAUCAAGCUCCUGCGACAGUAGAGAACGACAGAGUCGAGAAAAUCGGAAGGGUCGAAUACACGAUUGAUGGUCUUGACGUGGACAGCGACAGCGGAGUUGAACGGAUCAUGGACCACGGGCGCAUGGUGUAUGGGGUUCUGCUCACAUUGAGAAUCAAGAUGAGCAACGAAACAGGGCUUCUGAUAUUCAAGAUCAUGGUCGGAGAAAAGGAGGUCGGGCAAGCGAAACUUGCAUUUUCAAGCAUAUGA